AUGCGUCCGCAAGUAGAAGAACAUUUCGGCCUGGCAUCGACGCGAUUAUACCAAUUCGAUCGUUUCGAGCCAGUUCAUACGAUCCGUUCACCAGUACGACAACAAAAAGCACAAUGCCCUUAUCUUACCGGAGUGAACGUACUGCUUACUCACGACCAAGUUAUUCGGGAAUGUCUCAGUCAUAUCACGAUUAUUCUACGCCGACCAGAAGCUGUUCAAAUCGGAUUCUCCUUACCGGAGGCGUCGUCUCGUUCAUAUCGAGAAUAUGGCUUGACCACCUCCUACUCGAAUAACUCUUCCUCGGCACCAAGAUAUCGUACCGCUCACGGCUCAACGAUCGGCUCUCUUCAUCAGCCGAAAACUAAUUUCGACUAUCGCUCAAAAAGUCCUGGUUAUGAGAGAGAUUCGCGUUUGUGUCAGGUACGUUACGAUCGCGACUGCCGCUCGUUGUCGCGAUCGGAGAAGACACCGCUCAGCGGCAGCGAGGACAGCGAUGUGGAGAAGGCUUACCAAAAGCUUUACAAUAAGUAUGUCAAGGAGGACUCAGAUGCGGAGAAUGGAAACAAGAAGGAAGGCAACGGUAGGAACUAA